UUUUAAAACCUAACAUAAGUAUGUAUACUUUUUUACUUACUUCCUUUUCUUCCAUUCAGACUAUGUUUACUUUAACCUUUAAACUUUCACCAAAUCUUAACGCUUUCUUCAGAUCAAAUCAACCGCAACCAUUGCCAACCUUGCCACGUGUUUCCUUCGUAACAAUAUUUCACCAACAACCGGAAACCCACCUUUGGUCCCUUGAGCAUAAAAGAGUACAAUGCCUCACCCGCAGGCUUGCAUGGUGAUUGUAUCGAAAAGGGUCUGGUACGAAGGACCAUCGUAUUUUUUAUUCUAUCCACAACACAUAAUCACACAUAUGUAACAAUGGAAAACUGAUCCAAUUGUUAACCGUACAUACUGGUUUUCUAAUGUCAUCGUUUAAGUUUAUUUAUCUCAUCAAUCUUAUACAUUUAAACGAGCAAUUCUUGUAUAUAUAUAUAUAUAUAUAUAUAUAUAUAUAUAUAUAUAUUUCUGUGAUCUCGGAAACGGCUCUAACGAUUUCGCUGAAAUUUGGUAUAUGGGGGUUUUUGGGGGUAUACAAUCUAUCUAGAUUAGUCUUAUGUUUGGGAAAACGCGUGUUUUCGAGUUUUCAUGCGUUUUUAUUUCGACGCAGAAUAUGGUCGCUAAUUUCGUGUUGUCGGCCACUGUCCGUUUGGUCCAGCGGGUUAAGACGCGGACUGCUAAACGAGUGUUACGGGUUCGAAUCUCGCCCGGUGACUAAAUUUUGUUUUUUUUUAUAUGUUCAAAUUUAUAUAUUACAAUAAAUAGUUAUAACCGAGCAAAGCUCGGUCGCCCAGGUACUAAAAGCUUAAUUGUGUAGUAACAAUUCAUUAAAAGGAAAAUUUGAACUAUGUUUUUAUGGAGAAACGAUCCUCCAUUAUCCUGAUUUUCCUAAAUCAAAUAAAUACGAUCAAACAAACAUAUAUUAUAAACUAAAAACGAAACACAUACGCUUGAAGAUAUCUGGCAGGACUACAAAUGCAUAUAUUGGAUAUGUCUAUAUAAAAGUAUCUUUUAUUUGACGACCAGCCUGGCCUAGUGAGUAGUAGACCCUGCCAACGAAGCCGAUGGUCCUGAGUUCGAAUCCCGGUAAGGGCAUGUAUUUGUGUGAUGAGCACAGAUAUUUGUUCCUGAGUCAUGGAUAUUUUCUUUGUAUUUUAACCUCUGUGCAUGAUAAGGAUCCGUGCGUGAGAAUACUGGGAAUUUAAAUCUAUUAUUUUUUAAUGCCAAGGUCACUUUUUAAUGAUCAAAUUUCACAGACCGCAUACAAGGGGUUAAGUAUUUGUAUAUUGUAUAUAUCGUUGUCUAAGUACCCAGAACACAAGCCUUCUUAAGCUUACCGUAGGACUUAGUCAAUUUGUGUAAGAAUGUCCCUAUAAUAUUUAUUUAAAAUUAUUUAUCAAAACUGUUAACAUAUACGUUUAAGCGUUUCCUGAUUGCUUGGUGUAAAAUCCGGCUUCCUUUACUCGUAGUUUACAAAGCCGCAGGUAUAAAACAAUCACAUCCUUGUAAAACCGAUUUGUUGAUAAAUAAUACACACGAAUAACAUCAGCAACGUAAAAAUUCAUAGUGAAGCGUUUUUACAAAAUACACUGUCAUACCAACGAUACAUCGCAAGGGAAUCACCAAAGAACAUAAUAGCAGCGACCACGUACUUACACCAAGACAAUCAAAACGACGUUUGAGAAUUUUACAUCAACGAAGGGACAGCUUACGAGUAUAGCAUCAUAUAUUAUCGACUUCGAAGUAUUGACAUCCAGAACUGACUCAAAGUCUAUAAACAUAACUUAAAUUACGACGCUUUCAUGAGUUCAACCCCAAUUCAGUAAUGGAACUACUGCUCCUUAUUAUUCUUAUAACAACAACCGAAACAGUUGACAGAAACACAAUAGAAUAUUUUCAAAAGCAUCAAUGCUAUUUAAAAGAUGUGCUAGCCAGCAUUCACCACAGUCCAAAUCAACUGGCCGUCAACAGGAGGACAAACUCGCUGUAUUUCAGCUCAGACGUCGACGGUGAAUAUGUUCCUGUGAUGCUUGACAUUGAUAGUAAAGACCUCAGGCUCAUCAAAGGCGUUAAGGACGCUUAUGCUAUAGCUAGCAACAACAUCGACGACGAGAUAUACUUCGGAGGAAGCAAUGGCAUCCACAGAUACAAACCUGUCGAUAAAACUCUUACGAGCUUAGCAAUCACAAAUUUAGAUAUCUGGUGGCUAUAUUUCAAGAAAAACAUAUACUUCAUCCAGUUCCCCCAUUUAAAUGUGUACGUGUACAAAGAUAGAACGAUUAAAGUGGUCCGCCAACUGAAAAACACGCAAGUGAAUCAAUUUGUUUUUGAUAGAGAAGGUUACAUUUUUUUUGUGAACGUGUCUGGAUUGUACGGUGUCAAGAAAUUUUCACACGAGCAUGUCUUAUUACGCGCUAAGCCUCAAUUUCUAGGCAUGGCGUCAGAUAAUAAAGGUGCAGUGUUUGUGAGCAGUGACAGUGCUAUAUACGUAGUGAACAAGACCGAUCAGAAAGUUAAACGGGUAGUGCGGGUCCCUGGAGUGAUGGCUAUGGCGUUUGAUAAAGAAAACCAUUUGAUCUACUCGGACGGUCAGGAGUUGGUGCGACUGUUGGCGGUAACCGAAACGAGUGAAGACGGAGACACGUUCUUUUGUAAUUAAAUUUUGUGACGUGUAACUGAAAAUUGGAUAGGAAAACAUUAAAAAUGAAGUCGUAUAUUAGUACCAUUGAGUAUCACUAUAGAAAAGUCAUACCAAACAAUGAAAUUGUCGCAAUCGCAACUUGUACCACGCAACAAAAAUCUCGUAAGCGCCUAAUUCAUGGCACUUCGCUUCUUUGUUAUCAAAACAACGACUCAUGGCGCAUACUACUGGUUCUCUGUGCCGGUUCUACAGGGUGACAUUAGCCAUUGGACAAACCCUGAAAUCCCACGUAGGGUGACUUCUCAGGAAUGCUCUGACGUUAAUAUUUUUUUUAUUACAACAAAAGAUAAAAAAAAAAAUUUCGAACAAAAGUUAUUUACAAUAAUCGACAACAAAAAGAAACACACUGUGUUAAUAUUUGGCAGUGUUUUUGACAAUUUGUACGAAAUAUUUGAUAAUGAUGACAUUUUUCAAAAGUCAGAAGCUUAUUAGUGUCAUAAAUAAAAAAGAGAAUCAAAAAGGUCGAAGAAGGUUCCAUACUAUUCUUUGAGGAUAUUACCUUAGGAGCAACUAACACAUACAGCUGCUCCAAAGUAUAAAAUGGUAAUUUGUUAAUUUCUUCGAAACCGCUUGUUAUGAUACUUUGUACACUGGUUCUAAACACCCUUAUGCAUAUGUACAUUUCGGCUUUGUCCAACUGCUAGGGACACACUGUAUACGCAGUAAUAAUAGUUCAAUGAUUAAUACCUGCUCGUAGUCAUCUAAGCGCCACUUGCACCAUCCCACUAACCCAUCGUUUACCCGUUAAAUCGUUAACCGAGUGUCAAAUUGUACUGGUAACCAUGAUAAUUCCAAGUCUAACCG